AGUAGUCGGAUGCAUUGUGUACACUGGACAUUUGUUCAUCAUCUAUUUGUUUCAAACAAUGGCUCAAAACUCGUGCACAGAGGAUCGUAUACAGCACGUCCUUGAACGCUGCCUCUGUGACCUUGAAUUCAACACUCCUGACAAGCAACUCUGGAAUGCCGGACUGUGCAUGAACCGCUGGUGUUUGGAGGAACUUGUGAUGAGAGAUCCCCAAAAUUCCCCCUUCCUUCUGCAGACAAUUCUGAAGAAAACAGAGGAGGUACUUCUGCAAUGUCAGUACAAACUGGUGGUGCCUCUUACUCUCCUGUUUUCCUCAACACUUUUAAAAACUCCUUACCUUCACCCAGACUGUGAUGUGCUGUUGGAAGCCUACCUGCUCUUCCAUCAUUUCCUGUCCUGGCCAGAUCCUUACUGCACCGCCUGUCGACACCUGCUAAAUAUCAUCUAUAGUGAACUCAGAGCACCGGGCAUAUCAUUCCAAAGACUGGUGAAGACAGAGCAAGGCAUUUCCACUGUGAACCAACACUCUAAAACUAUGGUAGUGCUGUUAGUGAGUCCAGAUGAAGAUAUUCCCCCAGAGGUCCAGUCAGUUUCCAAGCAGCUGAGUGUCAGCCAUCAGUCCAAGCGAGACAUCACUAUCACCCUCAUUCUGCACAGCUUCCAGGCUGCUCUGGGCACCAAAAUCCACCUGCAGGGACUCUGUCAUGCCUUGCAGACAAAAGAGCCUGUUGAGCUGGAGCAGCUACUGGAGACAGUAACUCGCUGCAUGGAGACAGCAGCCUGCACAGCAAAUAUCAGCACUGCCAGACAGAGUCUUCUACAGACUGUAGAGCAGCUCCGCCAAAGCCUUAUUCCCACAGCUGAAGAUGACUACUUGGACACAGGGCUUGCUGAGACUUUUGCACUCCCCUUUCCCAAAUGUCACACCAGCUUCUGGGAAAACGACAACUUUGAUUUUCUCAAUAAUAUUCUCAUGAGAGAAUGCUAUGUGGAUUUACCACUUCCGUGUCUCCAAAGAGAUGAAGAUCAUAGCACUGACGUGGAUGUGGAGAAAGACGUCAUCCAGAGAAGCGAAGAGGAUCAGGGCUUGGAGAACAGUUGUAUCUCCACGGCCUCCUCGUCUUCGAGAGACUCCAUGUUGUCCUGUCACUCUCCGUCUUCCAGCUGCUCUGUGUCCUCAACAUGUGGCUCAUCAGGUCUGGGAAGUGACUUCAGUGAAGACACGGGACAUCCGGAGACAGCUGAGAGACAAAAGAGUCAGUCAAAGCCCAGAAAGAAGCCCAAGAAGAAAUCCAAAAGCCUCAUCGGCAUAGAGCACUUCUCCUUGUUUUUCAAGAACCCACGCAGUCUUGGGACACAGCUAAAACAAUCUCAAUCGAACCACAAUCAACUUCUGCAUGAAUUUCAUGGGUGCUCUCCUCUCACCAGCAAAGAUCCUCUCUCUCCCCAGAAGCAUAUUUGUAUCCGCAGAAGGCCCAUCUUAAGCAGCAACGAAACCGACGCGGCACAGGCGCCUGCUCUGGUGCGUGUACUGGUGUUCGGCCGGGACAGAGAGGCCGGGCGGCUUGCCAGGGCUUACAGCGACCUGCAGCAGAAAGAGGCCAAAUGUCCCCGACUCACCAAGAUGUGCAAGUUGCAGUUUUACUUUAUUCCCACAAACAGGACAUUUAGGGGAAAGCCGAGAGAAAGACACUCGUCAACUGAAACUGGACAUUCUAUUGAAGCUGCCUCUUUGCCUAAGGGUAUCUCCCGAGAGGACAGCACCACAGAUUUAGCCCAGAUGUUGGGAAUGAUGGAUCCCUGGUAUGAUCGCAGCAUCCACAGUCUGCUCAGUCUCUCCUCAGACGUCCUUUGCCAGCCUGCAUGGAAGGAAGAAAACAUUCCAGAGGACAAUGGCAGAGUGGAGCAUCUUCCCUUGAUGGCUGACUUGGUUCUUUACUACUGUAGACAUGCAGACCAACCUGUCCUGUUGCAACUCUACAAGGCUGAGCUAACCCUCUCUGGCGGAGAGAAGAGAAGUGAAGUGUUUAUUCAUUCAGUAGAGCUUGGACACACGGCUGCAACCAGAGCAGUCAAGGCUAUGGGUGCUGCCAGCAAGAGGUUUGGAAUUGGUGAAGAGAGCGUGGCUGUCCCCUUAACACUAAGUGUUGCUUAUAAUAAGGUGGCCUGCAGUGGAAGGAGUCAGUGGACCCAAGGAGAAAUGCUCUGCACAUCUAUAAAUAUUCACAAAGCCUCCAGGAAAGCUGAACGUUUAGAGUCUAGAACUGAAGGCUUGCAGCUGUCAAUGUCGGAAGUCACAAAGAAACACUGCCCCAAGUCUAAAAAGAGCAAAAUCCAGCAUUCCUCUGAAUCAGAGGUGAACGUCAACAGAGUUGAGGUGAUCAGUGCGAAAGCUGGGACAACCUUUGAUGUGUGCCUGGAUCAAGACGAGAGGAAGUUCCUACAAAGUGUCACCAGGCUUGAAGUGUCUUUGUGCUGCAAACCGGGAAGCAGUUCAGACUGGAAGUCUUACAAGUUUUCACCCGGCCAAGUCCAGCCGCUGCACCCAUCUUACUGCUCCAUGCUUUGCCUUCCCCUCAUCUCUUUUUCUGCCCCGCAAGCCUGA